UUCUUUUUGUUUUUCAUUUAUUGAUGGUUAGUGGUGUUUAUCAUCAGUGAGCAAAUAGCAAGCCGUUCCUGUAAUUUAAUAUUUUUACCACUUGAAGUCAGUGUUGAUCCAUCAGUGUACGAGCUGCUCUUCUACAUGACUAGGCCCCUCCUGUUUCCACAAGAGAAGGACCUCACUACAGUCUUUGUCACAAAGACACGCAGGGAUGGUGUAAGGAAAACUCGCAUUGCUCAAACACUGUUUUAAUUCUCAUUGUCGUCUAAAAUAUUAAACCCUGGUUAGAUUCCGAUUCAUUUUUUUCAUGAUUGAACAAAAAAUGUCUUCGGAUCAUAGAAUGAGCUAUUUCUGGAUAUUUUUGAAUAUUUUCUUGAUGGAUCGUUGCUGGCAGACGGCGGCUGGACAGCUCUCCUAUUCCGUCUUGGAAGAGAUAACCCCAGGGACUGCAGUUGGAAAUGUCGCAAAGGAUCUUAACUUGAACACACAGGAGCUGGAAUCUCGCAUGUUUCAGAUCGUUGUGGGUUCAAAGAAAAAAUUAUUGGAGGUAAACCUGAAGACUGGUGUUCUCUUUGUCAGCGAGAGGAUAGACAGAGAGGAUCUAUGUCCAGAGGAACGCAGAUGCUCGCUUAACAUGGAGGCUGUAAUAAGCAACCCUUUAAAACUUUACCGUAUUGACGUGGAGAUUCUGGAUGUAAACGACAACGCCCCGCUGUUCACCACGAAAACACAGACUCUCUCUAUAGCAGAAAACACUCUACCAGGAGUGAAAUUUGCUUUAUCCGAAGCCACAGAUGCAGAUGUGGGCAAAAACGGGGUCAACAUUUACAAGUUAAGCCAGAACGAACAUUUUUCCUUGGCAGUGCACAAAUCAGGCGACAGCGUGUCUGCGGAGUUGGUGCUGCAGAACGCAUUAGACAGAGAGAAGCAGCCUGUCAUCAUGAUGACGCUCAUCGCUGUAGAUGGGGGGACUCCUCCCAGGUCAGGCACCUCUCAGCUCGUUGUGAAUGUGUUAGAUAUUAAUGAUAAUAUUCCGAUCUUCACCGAAUCUCUGUAUAAAACGAAAAUCACCGAAAACGCACGGCUGGGCGCAUCGGUAAUCGCAGUGAGCGCCACGGAUGCAGACGAGGGUCUGAACGGGGAGAUUGUUUAUUCCUUAAGGAGUAAAGAUCAAGAUCACGUGCUGGGUAUUUUUGAAAUUGACCCUCGAACUGGUGUGAUUAAUGUGAAAGAAAAAAUAGACUUUGAAGAGAGAAGGGCUUUUGAGAUACGUGUGGAGGCCAGUGACAAAGGGCAGCCUCCCAUGUCUGCUCACAGUAAGGUGCUGGUGGAAGUAGUGGAUCUAAACGAUAACGCUCCGGAAAUUACAGUCACGUCCGUUCAUCAGACAGUCAGAGAGGACGCAGCGACAGGAACCGUGGUUGCGCUUGUGUCCGUGAUGGAUAAAGAUGGUGGAAAAAACGGGGAAGUAACUGUUAAAAUUAAAAACGAAGUUCCGUUUAAACUUGAAACUAAUUACAGGAAUUAUUAUUCAUUGUUAGUUGACGGUCCCCUAGACCGAGAAACUCUAUCUAAAUACAGCAUUGCCAUAGAAGCUACUGAUAAAGGAACUCAACCACUUCACAGCACAAGUGUUUUUAUUAUAAAUGUUUCAGAUGUUAAUGAUAACCCACCGGUCUUCUCUGAUGAUGUCAUUAAUGUGUAUGUAAAGGAAAACAGCGAAGUGGGAGCUGUGCUUAAAUCAGUCACUGCAAAUGAUGCUGACAGCAAUCAGAACAGCAAAAUUAGUUAUUCCGUUUUACAAAAUAAUUCUAACUUACCGUUAUCUACCCUGGUGAACAUCAACUCGGAGACUGGAGACAUCAUCAGCCUGCAGUCUUUUAACUACGAGGAGCUAAAAACAUUUCAGUUUAAAGUUCAGGCCACAGACUCUGGUGUUCCUCCACUCAGCAGCAACGUGACUGUUAACGUUUUAAUCCUGGAUGAAAAUGACAACAAUCCAACAAUUAUGGCUCCUUAUUCUGAGCUGGGUUCUGUUAACAGUGAGACCAUCCCCUAUUCUGCUGAAGCAGGGUACUUUGUAGCAAAGAUCAGGGCUGUGGACGCAGAUUCUGGAUACAAUGCGCUGCUUUCUUAUCACCUGACGGAGCCCAAAGGAAGCAACCUGUUCAGGAUCGGAACCAGCACCGGGGAGAUCAGGACUAAGAGGAGGAUGAGCGACAACGACCUGAAGAGUCACCCCUUGGUGGUGCUGGUUUCUGAUAACGGAGAGCCUUCUCUGUCAGCUACUGUGUCUAUUGAUGUGGUGGUGGUUGAAAGCACAGCUGACAUCCAGACUCAGUUCAGAAACGUGCCUCUAAAGGAGGACAGCUUCUCGGAUCUGAACCUGUAUCUGCUGAUCGCCAUCGUGUCGGUGUCGGUCGUCUUUCUGCUGAGUCUGAUCAGUCUAAUAGCUGUCAGAUGCCACAGGACAGACGGUGGUUUCAGCAGGUACAGCGCCCCGAUGAUCACCACCCACCCUGACGGGAGCUGGUCUUACUCUAAAGCUACUCAGCAGUAUGACGUGUGUUUCAGCUCAGACACACUGAAGAGUGACGUAGUGGUUUUCCCCGCCCCGUUCCCACCUGUAGAUGCUGAACUGAUCAGUAUUAAUGGAGGAGACACUUUUACCAGAACUCAGACCUUACCUAACAAAGACAAGGUAAGAUAAUUAAACGACACCGUCAAU